AUGGACUUGGCAGCCCCCUGCGGAGAGCAGAUCCACUGGGAGGUGCAGAAUUACUAUGGCAAAGAGCUGCAGAAGUCAGAGGACCUGAAAACUAAUGCUUGCGUCACCUCGGCCAGGCCCCUUCCCAAGGCAGUGAGAGAUGCUCUGGAGCGUGUCCAUGAGGAGGUGGUGGCCAGGUACUACGGCUGCGGUCUGGUGAUCCCCGAGUGCCUGGCAUCGUGCCGGAUCCUGGACCUGGGCAGCGGCAGUGGCAGAGACUGCUACCUGCUGAGCCAGCUGGUUGGGGAGCGGGGCCACGUCACGGGGAUAGACAUGACGGAGGGCCAGGUCGAGGUGGCGAAGAAGCACAUUGCCUACCACAUGGACAAGUUUGGCUACCAAAAGCCAAACGUGGAGUUCCUUCAGGGAUACAUGGAGAAGCUGGGUGAUGCUGGACUGGCCGACGAGAGCUACGAUAUUGUCAUCUCCAACUGCGUGAUCAACCUCGCCCCCGACAAGAGGGCUGUGCUGCGGGAGGCCUACCGUGUGCUGAAGCCUGGGGGAGAGAUGUACUUCAGCGAUGUCUACGCCAGCCAGCGCUUGAGUGAGACCAUCCGGAAGCACAGGGUGCUGUGGGGGGAGUGCCUGGCGGGAGCCCUGUACUGGAGAGACCUGUACAGCAUCGCCAAGGAGGUGGGGUUCAGCCCCCCAUGCCUGGUCACCGCCAGCCCCAUCACCAUCGGCGACAAGGAGCUGGAGGGCAUCAUCGGCGACUGCCGCUUCGUCUCCGCAACUUUCCGCCUCUUCAAGGUGCCGGGUAGCAACCGGGCCGGGCCAGGACAGGUCAUCUACAAUGGUGGGAUCGUGGGGCACGAGCAAGAGCUGGUGUUUGACGCCAACUUCACCUUCAAGGAAGGAGAGGUGGUGGAUGUGGAUGCUGAGAUGGCUGCGAUCUUGCGGAGCUCCAGGUUUGCGGAGGAGUUCCUGAUCCGGGCUGGUGGGGCCAACACUGCCGCACCGCAGGGCUGCUGUGGCAAGGGGGUGAAGGAGAAGAUCUGCGAUCCCUUUCAGCUGCUGAAACGGCUGGUGGCCCCGGGUCCUGCCUGUCAUCCUGGUGGCACCUGUGGUCCCCCGGGGUGCUGCUGA